CCACUUCUCGUUCCCUCUCGUUCGUCCUCCAACUGUCAUGGCGGACUACCGAGAGGCGCCCUUGGCCACUCGGCCCAAAACAUUGGACCCCAACGAGUAUUUCAACGUUUCCCCGGAGCAGAGACGAUCCGAACAGCAGCGCGCGGUGCUGCGAGCCAACCUGAAGAGGCAGUACCAGACACAGCUCAACAGCCCGCACCGGAAGGAGCUCAUCGAAGACCCCGCGCUGACACGCUGGGUGUAUGCACGCGCCAACCCCUACCUACACUUCAGACCCACGUACAAGACGUCUCUUCUGGGUGCCAUGUUCGGAGUUGUGCCUCUCUUUGUCCUCUACUACGUCUUCAAGAGCGACCGGGACAGGAAGGAGGGGAUGAUUAAGGCUGGGACCCUGGAGCGCAAGUUCAGUUUGUCAUCGUGAGCUUCGAUGUAUAAAGACCUGUAUGUUCUAGUGAGGAUUUCAAUGCUUGUAAUUAUUAUUAACUAAAUAAAACUAUAUUGUCAAAAACAAA